UCACACCCUCACACACUUUUCUGAGCAGUGCAAACAUGAGCGGUAACUUUGGCCACCCGUCUCCUCCGGUGUUCAUGGUUGAUUCUGGUGGAGGUCAUCCUAAACAGCAUCAGUAUUACCAUGAGCAGAUGCAUGGACGGACAGAUCCAGCCCUGGUACCCUGCUGGACUUUUCCCCCUGCCCGAGCUGAGUUGAAGAGAAGGGGCUGGGGGAGAAUUAAUUUUGGGAUGGCUUGGAUACUGACUUUGAUACUCCUGGUGGUUUUUGCCGCCCUGGGACUGGGAGCCUACCAAAUCCUAAGAUUACAGACUGAAUUGGAGAGGCUGACACAGGAAAUACCCACACAAAUUCAGAGUUUUGCUCCACAAAGACAAGUUGGCCUAAAACCAGCAGAGACGGACAAGACCAAACAAAAGGCAGCUGCACAUCUGAUAGGCUGUGCAAAGCAGAGCACAUCAUCUAGAACUCUGCAAUGGGAAGCAAUACAUGGCGAGGCCUUCACAGACGGCGUCAAGUACAGCAACGGCGGCCUUCAAGUCAGUGAGACUGGCUUGUACUUUGUUUACUCUCGUGUGGAGUUUGUUGCACGCACUUGCAGUCCCACGGACUCUCGCACUCACAUUGUCUUUGUUAAGAGAAAUGGCAAUGAGGUGACACUCAUGGAAGAUCAUCGAGAUGGCUUCUGUUUGGCAGGGAGCAAGCAGCCGUGGACGUCUGGCAGUCAUCUCGGCUCUCUUCAGCACCUCAAGCAGUCCGACUGGCUGUUUGUUAAUGUGUCACACCCCCAUUUGCUCAGCACCAACUAUCAUCAUAAUUAUUUUGGCAUCUUCAAGAUCCACUGAUCAUGGUGGUCCUGUAGGUGAAGAUAAGGGGAUGCUUAGAUCAUGAAAUAGGUUAAGAUUGUGAGUUCAGAUAGAGAUCAGUGCUCUUUUUUGGACUCUUUCUACAUAGGUCACCAGCAUAUGUUGUGUUUUGGACGCUGGUAUGCUUAUGUUCCCAGCUGUCUUUUCAGCAGGGUAAUUUACCCUGAGCUCCCAAGUGCUUCAUCAGAAUCCAUGCCAUAAUUGCAGUGCAACAUUUCCGCUUGGAACUGUCAAAUGAUAUUUGACUUUGAUCAGUAUGUAGCGCAUUUGGUAUACAAAAAAGUUUUCAGAAUGAACACUACUAUGCUGCUGUAUCAUGAAAAUGUUAAAUAUAGAUUAAAUAUAAAAUAAUAAUAAAUUAAAUUAUAAGUAUUUAUUAUCUGUGGGUAAAAAGUCUUAUUGUGUACUAAUGUGAACAAUGGUCAUAUUGACUGAUAAUGAG